AUGUUUGAAGACUUCUCCUUCACCUCGCCAUCGUCGCGACCAGCCCGUCUCGCCCUCGACCCAGACGACCGUCUAAUGGUCGACAGCGACAGCAACCUAAUCUCACCACUCUCCUCCCGCUGUCCAUCACCACAAUCGCAACGCUUCCGCAACAUCUCGCGCUCACGCUCAUCCCACUUCCACCGCAACCAACAACCCCCGACAUCCGUCCCCUUCCCCUAUGACUCAGACCACAAACGACUAUCAAUCUCAACCCUAACACAAAAACUACACGAACACACCCUCGCAACUCCAACAGGCGACCUCCAAAACCGAUACACUCACUCCAACACCCAACCCCGAACCGGGAGACACAAUCCCGGCUCACGCCGCUACCCGGGCACAGGAUACGUCCUCACGCCCCCGGACACAGACCACUCCGACGACUCAGGCGUCGGCGAAUGUCUCUCCUCACCCUCCGCAUCCUCAACAACAAGUCCGACUUUCAUGCCCCCGGACCUCCUCUCCGAUCUACCGGAUUUCGGCCUCGGACACCCCUUCUACCCACAACCUCAUCCAUACCACCAAGACGUCCGCAUGCAGCGCGAGCAGAUCUCCAGAUUGCAAUGCAACGAGUCGGAGGUCGAGGCUAUGCAGCGCUCGCUGCUAGAUGACCCAUCUUCUGCACCGGACUUCUGUGACGAGGACGAUUGUCAUCCGAGUUCGUUGCCGCCGCGGUCGUCGCCGCGGAGGAGGGCGGUUACGCUUGCGCGGAGUCGGUUUGGGCCUGAGGGUGGUGCGGAGGGGAGGGCUAGGAGGAAGAGUUCUUCGGCGGGGGUUUUGUCGAGUCGUGUUGAGAAGAGUCAUUAUGGUGGGUUUGGGAAGAGGAAUGAGCAGGGGCUUAGGAGGAAGAGUCUUGUUAGUGCGGCUUUGGCCUCGAUGGUUGAGAGGGAUGAUGAUUGA